AUGGGUGUCCGAGGCUUGACCAGUUACAUAGCGCAACGCGCGGAGAUCUAUCUGAAACCGUACGAACUUCACAACACUGCUUUAGUCAUUGAUGGCGACAAUUUGGCAUGCAAUUUGUACAAAGAUGUGACAGGAACUUAUUCCGCCUUUGGCGGCGAUUACGAUGAUUUCUAUCGGGCUGUGUUGCAGUUCUUCCAGGUGCUGGCCGAGUGCCAGAUUCGAGCGUAUGUCCUGAUGGAUGGCGGCUACGAGGAGCGUAAAUUGCGCACAGUGAGCAAACGGCUGAGGGGCAAAAUCGCUGUAAUAAAACGCAUUAAUCCCUGUGCAUCAAUCACACUCUUCCCGCUGCAUCUGAAGGAGGUGUUCGUCGACGCUGUCAGGGAUUGCAAUGUGCCUGUCAUGCGCUGCGUCUUCGAGGCGGACGACGAACUGGCUGCACUCGCCCGGAAACUCAACUGUCCAGUUUUGUCUUACGACUCCGAUUUUUAUAUACACAAUGUUAAGUACAUACCGUUAAUUACGCUCACCGUCAAGGUGCUCACCAAACAGCUGACCAAGCAGCCCCGAACAGCUGAUCAGCGCUCGUUGCGCCAACACGAAGCAAAACACGUCGAGAAACGCACAAAAGCCCACAAAAUUAUGAAUGGCAUUAAAAACAGCUCGGCUGAGCAAACAUCCAAGUCGGGCGCAACUUAUAAAUAUCUGGACUGUUGCAUCUAUCGCGUGGAGCAUCUGUGUGGCCGUGGCGCACUCAGCGCCGAGAAAUUGCCCCUAUUUGCAGCGCUACUCGGCAACGAUUACAUUGCGCGCUCUGCAUUCCGGAACUUCUUUGCCGUGGGCAUGGGCAAAGCGGGUCGCAGUCGCAAGUUGAAGAAACAGCAGCGAAGGAUUCGCGUCAUUCUCGAAUGGCUGCGCGAUCAAACAGCAGAAUCGGCACUGGCCAAAGUGCUCUCCAGGCUGAAGAAGACACAACGCGAUUCUUUGGUGUCUCAGGUGCAGGCGGCGAUUUCUGGUUACUCGAAUGAACUUUGCCAUGCCUACGAAUUCUUUGAGAAGCACUACGAGAAUGCCUUCCCCUACACGGCUGAGACAGACAGUGAGGAUGAGCAGGAGGAGGAGGAGCAGGAUCUAAGUGAGCUAGAGGAUAGCUCAGCAGAGGAGAAGGAAGACGAGGAGGAGGACGAGGAAGCAGAGCAAAAACAGCAGCAGGAAAAUAGCAAUGAAGAGGAGGAGGAGCUAGACGAGGAGGAGGAGGAUGCCACUGAAGUGGAGGAUAAAACACUGCUCUUUCCGCCUUGGUUUCUCGACAAGCUCUAUCCGGGCAGUCUGCCACGUUACAUGGUCGAUCUGCUGCACCUGCGCAAGUACAUCAAUAACCCGCAAAUCGAGCACUUUGCGCACCACGACGCCAAUGCUCUGGCCCUGCCCAUACUCACCUACAGCUUUGCGCUGCUCCAUCAUGCGACGCCUGUCAAGUUAGAUGAAUCGGGGCAACCGAUACCCAUUGAAUACACUUAUUUGACGCGUGCCUUGCGUGUGACAAAUGUGCGUUAUUAUCGCCAAGCCAUUGAGAAACCUUUGCCACUCGAAUACGAACCAUCCGCGCCAGAUGCGAGACAUUUGCGAGCAGUGAUCGAGUCACAGCUGCCGCAUGCGAAUGUGGAUAGAUUAUUCCAGCAGCUGGAUGAGCUGCCAGCGGAUCUGCAGUUGUAUUUGCUGGCCAUUGUCUACUGGCUGCACAGAUCGGAGCACUGCGACAUGCUGCACCUGCACGCCCUGCUCCUCAGCCUGGUCGUGCUGCGCACCGUCGAUGUCACCAUACCCGCCGAGCGGGAGCUUAAAGAGUUCCAGCGUCGCUUCGGCAAGAUCCUCAAACAGGAGCGGGCGGUGCGUGACAAAGAGGCAGCGGAGGGGGUGAAGCGUGGUGUGAAGCCGGCGCUACUGGAUCUGUCAGUGGUGGAGCGGAUGGCACAUGUGCCCAAGUCGGAUUGCUAUCUGGUGCAGGAGAAGCUGCUGCCCCAUUUUCACAUGCAGGAGAUAUUCAAGAAGAAAUAUGAUUUGUAUUCUACCACAGUGUUGCAUGCCUUUGCCGAGUUCCAGUCGGUCAUCUAUCAGUUGAACGGACUGAAUGCACUGCUCAACCAUCCCCGUCGCAGUCCGCGAAUGAAUCAACUCUUCUGCGGUGCUCUUAUCUAUAAUCUUUAUGAUCUGCUGCGGAAUCGGGUUGAUGUGCGCUUCCAUGUGGAGCAUUUUCUGCUAGCAGAUUCGCGGCUGAUGUUCGAUUUCUAUUGCUAUCUGUGGGAUUGGUGUGCGGCUUUCGUGCCGCCCUGGAAACGGCAGUCGGAGGCGGAGCAGGCGGCGGCCAAAGUGAUCGAGAAGAAGCGUCUGAAGAAGCAGCGACAGGCGGCACGCAAGGCUGAAGCAGUGGCAGCCGAUCCAAAUGCGCAAAUGUUGCACUCAAGCGAUCGGGAAGAGGACGAUGGGCAGCAGGACGAAUUUUACGAUUUGAAUAACAAAUUUUGCGGUUUGAAAGUGUGAAUCGAGUUUUGUUUACUAUUUCGAAUGAGGCGCCGGCAAUUGUGCAAUUGCUCUGUUUGCCAGCACUGACAAAAUGCGCGUAAUAUGUAUAUUGAGUGCAACAAUCGAGGCAAUACAGCUUAUCGUUUGUUUGAUUAGAUAGUAAAAUAAUAAAAUAAAAUUUUUAAAUGCAACAAA